GGACUACACACUCCUGCAGGACUUUUCUGGCUUUGCUACUUUGUUCACUUAAGCCCUGAGAGACUGCAUGCUGUGGCGGGAUGAUGGCAGGUGGACUGCAACUGCUCGCAUUGAGUGUCACGGUGCUGGCUUGGGGAGCCCUGGGGCAGGGGGAUGGACGGUGGAAGAAACAAGUCUCAGGGGAUGCCACCAUCUACCUGGGCCAGCAAAGAGAAGCUUGGAGGCCGCUAAUGCACGUCGCUGUCAACCUCACCAAAAUAAAAGACAUUAAGUCAUCCUUUCAGCUGAGGACAUACGAUCCAGAAGGGGCCAUCUUUUACGGGGACACCAAAAGCGGAAGGGACUGGUUUGUUUUGUCCCUCAAAGACGGCGUCCCUCUCAUGCAGAUCAGCCGCAGUGGGGUCCUCGUCAACGUGGCGGGGGGCCCCAAGCUAAACGAUGGGCAAUGGCACACGCUGGAGGUGAGCAACCAAGGACAUUUUGUGAUCCUGGAGGUGGAUGGCGCCAUGGGGCUGGUAGCGGGCCUGCAAUCUAAACAUAUAGAGGAGGUCAUCUCGGGGGACCUCAGAUUAGCACUCGGCGGGCUCCUGAUCACCAAGGAGAGUAUGUUGGUUCAGUUUGAGCCGCAGAUGGACGGCUGUAUACGGGGGGGCAGCUGGCUGAACCUGAGCAUCCCCUGGGAGACGGAUACCGACAAGCUCUGGCCGUGCUAUCAAAACAUUCGACAUGGCAGCUUCUUCCCUGGAAGUGGACUCGCCAUUGUCAACACCUCAGUUUUUCAGAUAGAGCGCGAACACAGUGUGAAGAUUGAAUUAUGGGGAGAUUUCACUAAAAUGUAUGGCGCCAUUCUGAGCAUCAGGACUCCCGGCCUGGUGCCUAUGUUCACUUUAGUUGCUGAUAAUACCACAAAGGAAAUAACGCUCUCCUUCAGUGGUCAUAAAAUGAGUCUCAAAGAAAACUUCAAAAGACUCCAGUUGACCUUUGGAACAGAUUUGCUUGAAGUACAGCAUGACGGAGCUGAGUCAAAGGGCACAACGAAGCUCCUCAGUCCACUCAAGCAUUCUGGUCUUUUGAGCAUAUUGAGAGAAAGCCAAAUGGCCAUCGGAGGCCUUCUCGGUAAAGAUGACGUAGGCUCCUUCCUGAGAGGCUGUCUGGAGAAGAUUCAGAUCCAAGGGAAGGAUGUUGACCUGGAUCUAACAUUGAAAGACAUGUCCAUUUCGUCCCACAGCUGCCCAGUAUAAACCACAGCAUUUGGCACUUGUUGAGCAAAUUCUUACAGCCUUGUUUAUCUAUGUCACAAUUACGUUAAAUCUAAUAAAAUGAUAAAACUGUCAGACAAGAAAAAUGUGAACAAUGUACAACAACUGUAUAAUAAACAAUUUGAAUCUUGAAAUCAAUCAAAU